AGUCUUUGUUCUCAUUUUCCCUGUAACCAUUUCUCCGUUCAGAGAAAGAGAGAUUGAGAGAGAGAGAGAGAGAGAGAGCUGAGAAAAGCUGAGAAGUUCAAUUGUGUGUGAAAGAAGGAACUGGCGAGUUUGUUGGUUUCUAAAAGUGAAUUUGUGAGAGUUUCUUUGGUUUUCUGCUGUGGCUUAUUGAGAAGAAGGGAAAACGACGACGUAGGAGAAGGUGAGGGUUUUGUGAAUUUGACGAAGGAGUGUUUCAGAUGAGAGAUCUGUGGUGAAGGACUGUGGAAAUGGCAUCAACGGAGGCGACGAUGAAGGGGAAUUGUGUGAACCAUAACGAUAGUAGCAGGAACGGUGUUUCCGAGGGUCAGAAUGCUCAUUCGUCGUUCACGGCAAGAGAGGGGGAAGCUGCACUUUUCAGGGAGCUAUGGCAUGCCUGUGCUGGACCCCUUGUAACCGUGCCACGGGAAAGAGAACGCGUCUUUUAUUUCCCUCAGGGACAUAUUGAGCAGGUGGAGGCGUCCACCAAUCAGGUGGCGGACCAACACAUGCCAUUGUACAAUCUACCAUCUAAGAUCCUUUGUCGGGUUAUCAACGUGCAGCUGAAGGCGGAACCCGACACGGACGAGGUAUUUGCCCAGGUGACCUUACUUCCGGAGCCAAAUCAAGAUGAGAAUGCUGUGGAGAAAGAGCCUCCACCACCUCCGCCUCGGAGAUUUCACGUUCAUUCAUUCUGUAAAACUCUGACGGCCUCGGAUACUAGUACCCAUGGUGGGUUUUCCGUGCUGAGACGCCAUGCUGAUGAAUGUCUUCCGCCACUGGACAUGUCAAAGCAGCCACCAACCCAGGAAUUGGUAGCUAAGGAUUUGCAUGGGAGUGAGUGGCGAUUCAGACAUAUCUUUCGGGGUCAACCUCGUAGACACUUGCUUCAGAGUGGUUGGAGUGUUUUUGUUAGCUCCAAGAGGCUAGUUGCUGGGGAUGCAUUUAUAUUUCUAAGAGGUGAGAAUGGGGAACUUCGUGUUGGUGUCAGGCGAGCAAUGAGACAGCAGAGUAAUGUUCCAUCCUCAGUUAUCUCUAGCCACAGCAUGCAUCUUGGGGUCCUUGCAACUGCUUGGCAUGCCAUCUCCACUGGGACCAUAUUCACUGUUUAUUAUAAACCUAGGACCAGUCCCGCGGAAUUCAUUGUUCCGUAUGACCAAUAUAUGGAAUCCCUAAAAAAUAAUUAUACCAUAGGAAUGCGAUUCAAAAUGAGGUUUGAAGGUGAAGAGGCUCCAGAGCAGAGGUUUACUGGUACCAUUGUUGGAAUAGAAGAUGCUGAUUCACAAAGGUGGAGAGAGUCCAGAUGGAGAUGCCUCAAGGUGAGAUGGGAUGAAACAUCUAACUUACCUCGUCCUGAGAGAGUUUCACCUUGGAAAAUAGAGCCUGCUCUUGCUCCUCCAGCCCUGAAUCCUCAUUCAAUGCCCAGACCUAAAAGGCCUAGGUCUAAUGCAGUUCCAUCAUCCCCAGAUUCUUCGGUUCUUACUCGAGAAGCAUCAUCUAAGGUUAGCGUAGACCCUUUACCAGCAAAUGGGUUUUCAAGGGUUUUGCAAGGUCAAGAAUUCGCGACCUUGAGAGGCAAUUUUGCAGAAAGCAAUGAGUCUGAUACUGCAGAGAAGUCUGUCGUAUGGCCACCUGCAAUAGAUGAUGAAAAGAUUGAUGUUGUUUCUACUACAAGGAGGUAUGGUUCAGAGAGCUGGAUGUCAAUGGGGAGGAAUGAGCCUACAUAUUCAGAUCUUCUUUCUGGCUUUGGGGCCAGUGGAGAUCCUUCCCAUCUAUCCUUGGUUGAUCAAAUGAGCCCUGUAGGUUAUUCUGCUAGAAAGCAUUCGUUGGACCAUGAAGGCAAACAUCAUUUGCAUCAUCCUUGGCCUGUAAUGCCCUCUAAUAGUCUAUCACUGAACCUCUUGGACUCUAAUACAAAAUGCUCUGUAAUUGGUGGAGAUACAGCUUACCAAGCUCGAGGGAAUUUGAGGUACAGUGCAUUUGGUGAAUACCCUGUGCUUCAUGGUCAUAAAGUUGAGCAUCCGCAUGGAAACUUGAUGCCACCCCCACCCCCAACUCGGUAUCAGAGUCCUCCUUCCAGAGAGCUUAUGUCCAAAACAACGACAGGAAAAACUUGCGAGGCUGUGAAAACAAAAGAUGGUGACUGUAAGCUGUUUGGUAUCUCACUUAUCAGUAGCCCCACUGCACCCGAGCCUUCUGUAUCACAAAGAAAUGUUACAAACGAGCCAGCUGGUCAGACACAUCUUUUGUUACACCAACAACGAACUUUUGAAAAUGAUCAGAAGUCAGACUACCCCAAGGGCUCAAAUUCGGAAGGUGGUCUGGUUGCCAUUGAUGACGGGGAAAAGCCAUUACAAACUUCUCAGUUGCAUCUGAAAGAUGUUCAAGCCAAACCACUCAGUGGUUCUGCCAGGAGUUGCACUAAAGUUCACAAGAAGGGAAUUGCGCUUGGUAGGUCACUGGACCUUACAAAGUACAGUAACUAUGAUGAAUUAGUUGCUGAAUUGGAUCAGCUGUUUGAAUUUGGAGGUGAAUUAUUGUCAACAAAGAAGAAUUGGCUUAUUGUAUAUACUGAUAAUGAGGGUGACAUGAUGCUUGUAGGCGAUGAUCCAUGGCAGGAGUUUUGUGCCAUGGUUCGCAAAAUUUAUAUCUACCCAAAAGAGGAGAUUCAGAAAAUGAGCCCGGGUGCCUUGAGUUCAAAAAUUGAAGAGAAUCAGUCAGCUAGCGAAGGUGGUGAUGCAAAAGAAGUUAAAUGUCAGCUGCAUCAGAAGUUAAAUUCAGAGAAUGGUUUCGAUGCCUAAUAAUUAGUAGAUCGUCCAUAGCUUAAGAGAUUACGGGCUGGAAAGUAGGGGACUGUCAUGAAGUCAUCCAGUUGGAGAAUGUGACUCUAAAUUCUUGAUUGUUUAUCAAGUGACUGUCUAGAAUCUGAAUAUAGAUGGCAUGAUAAAAGAGUAUCCAUCCAAUUUUGGACGUAUCCUGGAAUUGGUGCUAUAUGCCUCUGCGCAGUUAUACACCUAGUAUGUAAUCGUCGUGUUUUGAGCGAGGUGAUGUGCGGUGAUAUAGGCCUUUGCAUUUUUCAACAAUCGUACCUUGUACAUAGUUGUUUCCCUCCCACCCUCUGAACACCAACCCAUUAAUCAUUAAUGUAAUGUAGUUCAUAUACAAGGGCAGCCUUAUGAUUGGUAUCUAGUUUGUGAUUUUGAUUUUUAUUCUCAUAUUAAUCAUAAUUUGUGAGAUGAAAAUUGUGGAUAUUCCAAUUGCAUUUUGCAAGA